AUGGUUGUUCUACCCGAUCCCGCUAGCGACAAAUGGCCCUUCUUUGGACGCGUUUACUUACGACAAGAUUCCCUCCCUCCCUCCCAUCAUUCACGCCAUCAUGGGUCCCACGAUGAAACUCUGCAUCUCUGGAAGAAUCAUCUUCUUCUCGAUCCACAAAAAGACCAGUUUAAAUUUGUUCUCUUCCUGCAACGUCUCAUGACAAUGGUUGAAGAGCAUUAUCGCAAACGUCAUAGUUCUCAAGAUUGGAAAGUCUCAAAACCAAUUGAAGAUUGGUAUCACCAAAGUAUCCGUGAUCUUUCUGGGUUGGGAGUCGAUGAGAAUCUCAUGACCAGGGAGUGGAGAAAAGUGGUUCAGAAAGGCAAUCAAGAAGAGGCAAGGAAAGAAAGAAAAGAGGCGGAAAAAGUACAUUUGGAAAAGAUGGAGAGAGAAAAAGACUACCGGUAUCAUCGAUAUCGUGGUGGGAGAAGAAGAUCAUAUUAUGAACCUUCUGAUACCUCCUACGAUGACGAAUCAUCAGAAGGUACAGUUUUCCAUUACCAUAAGCACAAACCCUCCAAAUCGAAAUCUCCCACCAAGAAAAAAGAAAAAGAAAAAGAUCAUUCAAAAGGGACACCUAAAUGGGUAAUUUGUCCGCGUCGCUCAAAACACUGUUCGCGUGAACAUGAAAUGGUUAAAUGUAAUGGACGUUGCGGUCUUACGGCUUGUGUGGAAGAUGCCCAUCGUUGUCAUAAAAUAUACAUCGACUACGAAUGUACGGAUCCGGAUUGUGAAAAGUGCAAGAAAAUAAAAGAGAAACAGGAGACAUGGGAAAAGAAGGUGGCGAAUCCUACGCACGAGGAGAAGUGGGUGGAUUGUCCUUGUUCGGAUCCGUGGUGUAGAAGGAAGGUUAUGGAAAUCAAGGAGAUUCCGAAGCCGCCGAAGCCGAAGUUUUAUGCUACAAAGCCUUGA